AUGUUUAAUUACGGUUCUUCUGCCCUCCAGAUGAGUUCGUGCAGCAGCCGUGCUCUGACCAUCCUGUCCACGGUGUUUGGAGCCUGUGGGCUACUGCUGGUGGGGGUGGCCGUGUCCACUGACUACUGGCUCAUAAUGGUUGAAGGAAUCAUCCUGCAGCAGAACCAGAGCAUGGAGGUGAAGAUGGCUCUGCACUCUGGCCUGUGGAGAGUUUGCUUUGUGGCUGGAUCAGAGAACGGGAGGUGUGUUGCAUCAGAGUAUUUUACGGAACCUGAAGUAGAGAUCACCACUGAAAACACGGCAAACAUCCUAAAGAUGGUGCGCACAGCCACGCCCUUCCCCAUGGUGUCACUGCUCUUCGUCUUCACUGCCUUCGUCAUCAGCAACAUCGGACACAUCCAGCCUCAGCGCACCAUCCUGGCCUUUGUGUCCGGCAUCUUCUUCAUCCUGUCAGGCCUCAGCCUGGUGGUGGGACUGGUGCUUUACAUCUCCAGUAUUAAUGACGAGGUGAUGAACCGGCCCAGGGAGCCCGAGCAGUUCUUCAAUUACCACUACGGCUGGUCCUUCGCCUUCGCUGCCUCGUCCUUCUUACUCAAAGAGGGAGCCGGUGUGCUGUCAGUCUAUCUGUUCAUGAAAAGAUACGCAGAGGAGGAGAUGUUCCGCCCCCACCCCACCAUCUACCGCCCCCGCCUGUCGGAGGGCAGCGACUACAGCGGCCAGUACCUCCACCCAGAAUCCUCCUGGCCUCCACCCAAGAGAGGCCGCAGCACCUCGGAGAUCUCCAGCGACAUCUCCAUCCAGCUCAACCAGACGCCGCAGGCGCCACCAAAGAGCAACCUCCAGGUGGGCGGGCAGAUCAGCCCCCCCUCUGUUUCCUCCUCUGCAGGGAGCUACCAGAUGCCCCCGCAGGCUGCCGGAUACCCCUCCACUCACACCUUGCCCAGGUCGCACCCCUCGCAUCCUCAGGGUCAAGCUCUUCCCCUGACCACCCCUCCGUCACCAGUGCCUCCCCCUCACUAUCACACCCACGUGCACAUGAGCGCCUCCCCCUGUUAGGAGGAGGAGGCUUCACAAGGAGACGCUGACUCUCUCUGUUCAUCUGUGCUGUACAUUUAGAUGUGGGGAGGAAAGCUUUGGUCACACAUCAUGUCAGAGGAAGUAGAGGAGCAUCACAAGAAGGACAAUGGAUUUCUGGGGACGUCGUAACCGAGAAGAACAGAAUU